ACCGUGGCAGCAGCAGUGACUGCACACCUCCAUGCCCAAGUCCUGCAGCUCCAAGAGGGAGGCCUGCAGCUCCUCCUACAAAGAAACGGAAGAAUGUCGCCUGGAAGACUGUUGAGCAGCAGAACUCUGCCAAAGAAACUCCAGUUUGGGAAGAUGCCCUUCCUGAAGCGGAUACCAUAAGAAUGCCCAUCGAGUACUUCAGAGACUUCUUUGAUGAACAGCUUUUAGGUAGUAUUGUUGAACAAAGUAACUUGUACUGCACACAGCAAGAUCCAAAUCACGCCCUCAAACUUGAUCGGACUACAUUGGAGCAGUUUAUUGGUACUGUGGUGUACAUGAGCCUUUUUAGUCUGCCUCGGUCAAGGAGGUACUGGUCUAAUGCAUGCCGAGUGCAGCAGGUGGCAGAUGUAAUGUCUCGAGACAGGUGGGAAGAAAUAAAACGUAACCUACAUUUCUGUGACAACACGGCUCCCAAGAACGACGACAAGCUAUACAAAAUCAGAUUGAUUAUUGAUUCACUUCUUCCCAAAUUUCAGGCUCUCCCUCAAAAUCAGAUGUUGUGCAUUGAUGAGCAAAUGGUUCCAUUCAAAGGCAGAUCAUCCCUAAAACAGUAUAUCCCCAAAAAGCCAUACAAAUGGGGUUACAAGAUUUUUGUGCUUUGUGACACAAAUGGGCUGGUGCAUUCAUUUGAUAUCUACACAGGGAAAAUUGAUCCUGUACCAGGAAAGCCAGACAUUGGAGCCAGUGGUAACAUUGUGCUAAAGCUUGCACAAGUCAUUCAGGAGAAUGUGAACCACUUGCUCUAUUUUGAUAACUGGUUUACCUCUUUGGACCUGUUUGUUGCU